AGGAGGAGGAGGGACUCCGCAGCGGCAACAACUGACGUGUCCCCGCCAUGGAGCUCGGCGUGAUUCAUCAGGGGCGGCGGGGCGGCAGCGGGGUGCCGCACACUGUCCCCGCGUAGGCACGGCUGCGGCGGGGGCAGCCCCACACCGCUCAGCCGCCCUCCUCCUCCUCCUCCUCGCCGCCCGCUCCGCUGCCCCCGCGGAUACGCGAGGAUCCCGGGGGAGGCAAGAUGGAAGAAAUCCUGCGAAAGCUGCAGAAGGAGGCGUCGGGGAGCAAGCACAGGGCCAUCAAGGAGAGCUGCACCUGGGCCAUAGAAACCUUGGAUUCUCCUGAUGCUGCUGUCAAGAUACCUCCAUAUCAGCUAAGGGAGAAGUGUCUCCUUCCUCUCCAACUGGCUCUGGAAUCGAAGAGCAUGAAGCUGGCCCAACAGGCUCUAGCAGGGAUGCAGAAGCUGCUGUCUGAUGAGAGGUUUGUAUCCGUGGAAACAGACUCAGAUGAGAAACAGUUGCUUAAUCAGAUGCUGAAUGCCGUCAAAGUGACUCCUUCACUCAACGAAGACCUGCAGGUUGAAGUGAUGAAGGUCUUGCUCUGUAUAACAUAUACUUCCACAUUUGAGCUGAAUGGGAGUUCAGUGUUGAAGAUUGCGGAGUUGUGUUUUGCAUGCCAUAGAGCUGGAAGUCCCCGAAUGCAUGAAAUGAUCAAAAUGUCCAUUGCACACCUCCUUGGGGCCCUGAGCUCUCGCAUUUUUACUGGUGGUUCUUCAUCAAUGGCUUUUCAAAAGGUUUGCAUUGAGACAUAUGUAUCUAGCUGUCACCAGCGGAGCAUUAACACCGCUGUGCGGGCAACCCUCAGCCAAAUGUUGAGUGACUUGACUUUACAGUUACGACAAAAGCAAGAAAACAUGACAAUUGAAAACCAUGAUGCCUUGCAGAAAUUCAAGAGUCAAGGUACUUCAACUGAGUCUCUUUGUGAUGAUGUUGUAUCUGUCCUCACUGUGCUCUGUGAGAAGCUCCAGGCUGUCAUAAAUGACAAUCGGCAUCUUCAGCUUCUUUACUUGGAGUGCAUCCUCUCCAUGUUAAACAGCUCCUCUCCCUGCAUGCACCAGCACAAAGGAUUCACUGAUUUAAUAUGGAAGCAACUGUGUCCAGCCCUGGUAGUAAUCCUGGGAAAUCCAAUCCAUGACAAAACUAUCACCUCUGCCCACAGCAGCAUCUGCCUUGAAGCUGAUUCACCUUCCUCAGGAAUCUCUGAUCAUGGCCGGGGUUCAGGUUGUUCAUCCACAGCACCUGCCCUCAGUGGGCCCGUUGCACGGACCAUUUAUUAUAUUGCAGCAGAACUGGUUCGGUUGGUGGGGUCAGUGGAAUCCAUGAAGCCUGUGCUGCAGUCUCUCUAUCACCGGAUAUUGCUUUACCCACCACCUCAGCACCGAGUAGAAGCCAUCAAAAUUAUGAAAGAGAUACUUGGCAGUCCUCAGCAGCUUUGUGAUUUGGCAGGGCCCUGCUCUUCUGAGUCAGAAUCCAGGAAGAGGUCUAUUUCUAAAAGGAAGUCCCAUCUGGAUCUUCUCAAGCUUAUCAUGGACGGGAUGACGGAAGCAUGCAUCAAAGGUGGUAUUGAAGCAUGUUAUGCUUCAGUGUCCUGCGUCUUUGCCCUGCUUGGAGCAUUAGAUGAGCUGAGCCAAGGGAGGGGUCUUAGUGAAGAGCAGGUCCAGCUACUGCUGCGACGCUUAGAAGAAUUGAAGGAUGGAACUGAGACGAGCAGGGACUCCAUGGAGAUCAAUGAUGCUGACUUUAGGUGGCAGAGGCGCAUCCUGUCCUCAGAAAAUCCUGCCUGGGAAUCAGGAAAUGAGAAGAGUCCUGAUAUUAGCAUUAGCGUUACCACAGACACUGGUCAGACCACUUUGGAAGGGGACAUGGGACAGACAACUCCAGAGGAUAACCCAGAAAGUCAAAAAAACUCACUGCCAUCUCCAGCUGGUCACGAAAGCAAAGGAAUUCAUUAUAGAGAACCAGAAUCAGAAACCAUUGACCAGCCAGAUGUUGUUCAGAGAAGCCACACCAUAGUCUAUCCAGAUAUAACUAACUUCUUAUCAGUUGAUUGCAAGACCCGGUCCUAUGGAUCCAGAUAUAGUGAAAGUAACUUCAGCGUAGAUGACCAGGACCUUUCUAGGACUGAGUUUGAUUCUUGCGAUCAGUAUUCCAUGGCAGCAGAGAAGGACUCGGGCAGGUCAGAUGUCUCAGACAUAGGGUCUGACAACUGCUCCUUGGCUGAUGAGGAGCAGACACCACGGGAUUGUCCAGGUCACAGGUCCUUACGUACUGCUGCGCUCUCUCUAAAAUUGCUGAAAAACCAAGAAGCAGACCAGCACAGUGCACGGCUGUUUAUCCAGUCACUUGAAGCUCUUCUUCCUCGGCUUAUAGCUCUUUCCAGCGUAGAGGAGGUGGAUGGAGCACUGCAGAGCUUCUCUUCAACAUUCUGCUCAGGUAUGAUGUACUCACCAGGAUUUGAGGGAAACCUAAAUUUCAGCUUCCAGACUCUGAUGAAUGCAGACAGUCUCUACAUGGUCUCACAUUAUACUCUGCUGCUCAACCUAAAAUUGGCCAACUCGGAUUACUACAGGAAGAAGCCUGCCCAAGCUCCUGUGUUGCUGAAGGAGUUCAUGAAGCAGGUGCAGUCCAGUGGAGUGUUGAUGGUAUUUUCCCAGGCCUGGGUUGAAGAACUGUACCACCAGGUACUAGAAAGGAACAUGCUGGGGGAAUCUGGAUACUGGGGGAGCCCUGAAGAGCACAGCCUUCCACUUAUCACCAUGCUGACAGAUAUCGAUGGCUUGGGAAGCAGCGCAAUUGGUGGCCAAUUGAUGGCAUCUGCUUCAGCUCAAUCUCCUCUUUCCCAAAACCGGAAGACAGAUGAUUCUGUUGUUGCAGGAGUUGCUUUUGCCCGAUACCUUUUAAUCGGCUGUUGGAAGAACUUGAUUGAUACCUUGUCCACGCCACUGACUGGCCGCAUGGCAGGCAGCUCCAAGGGACUGGCCUUCAUCUUGGGAGCAGAAGGAGCCAAGGAGCAGAACCAAAAGGAGAAGGAUUCCAUCUGCGUGAGCCUGGAUGGACUGAGGAGGGCAGCCAGACUGAGCUGUGCUCUAGGAGUUGCUGCUAACUGUGCAUCAGCUCUUGCCCAAAUGGCUGCUGCCUCCUGUGUCCAAGAAGAGAAAGAGGAAAAAGAAAUCCAAGAGCCUAGUGAUACUAUAGCUCAAGUGAAACAGAAAGUGGAGCAGAAACUGGAGCAGAUGGGGAAGGUGCAGGGAGUCUGCCUGCACACUGCUCAUGUUCUGUGUAUGGAUGCAGUUCUUAAUGUCGGCCUGGAGAUGGGAAGCCACAAUCAGGACUGUUGGCCUCAUGUGUUCAGGGUGUGCGAGUACAUCAGCACGCUGGAGCACACCCACUUCAGUGAUGGUGCUCCCCAGCCCUCCCUUACCAUCACCAAGUCACAGCAGGCACCUGGAGGGCUGCACCCAGACUCUGAGCCUGGGGAAUCCCCCCAGGCGCUGACCUCUGAGCAGGAGACCAGCCUCAGCAGCAAUCCUGUCAUUCAGCCGGUUUCUAUCCAGGAACUCAUCAAGGAGAGCAGUAAGGGCAGAGCUUUUGACUUCCGUGGGGGCAGCCUGCUGUGUGGGACCAGUGCUGCCAAGGCUGUUCUCACGCUCUCCACGCAAGCUGACAGGCUCUUUGAAGAUGCUGCUGACAAGUUAAACCUGAUGGCAUUGGCAGGCUUCCUUUACCAGCUCAAGAAGGCUUCUCAGGCCCAGCUUUUCCAUUCAGUCACAGAUACAGUUGAUUACUCCCUAGCAAUGCCAGGUGAAGUAAAAUCUAUCCAGGACAGGAGAAGUGCACUUCACUUGUUCCGACUUGGUGAUGCCAUGCUCAGAAUUGUAAGGAGUAAAUCUCGCCCGUUGCUCCAUCUCAUGCGCUGCUGGAGCCUGGUGGCACCGCACCUUGUAGAGGCUGCCUGUCAUAAGGAGAGGCACGUGUCUCGGAAGGCUGUCUCCUUCAUCCAUGACAUCCUUACUGAAAUGCUGACAGACUGGAAUGAGCCUUCUCAUUUUCACUUUAAUGAAGCGCUUUUCCGCCCCUUUGAGCGUAUCAUGCAGCUAGAGCUGUGUGAUGAGGAUGUCCAAGACCAGGUGGUCACCUCUAUAGGAGAGUUGGUGGAAAUGUGUUCUACCCAGAUCCAGUCAGGAUGGAGACCCCUGUUCAGUGCUCUGGAAACAGUGCACAGCAGCAGCAAGUCAGAGGUUAAAGAGUACCUUGUAGGAGAAUACUCUGUGGGGAAACGCCAGGCUCCGGUGUUUGAUGUCUUUGAAGCAUUUCUAAACACAGACAGCAUCCAGGUCUUUGCCAACGCUGCCACCAGUUAUAUUAUGUGCCUUAUGAAGUUUGUCAAAGGACUGGGGGAAGUAGAUUGUAAGGAGAUGGGUGACUGUGUGCCAGGAUUAGGAUCUGCAUCUACAGACUUGUGCCUUCCCGCGCUUGAUUACCUCAGGAGAUGUUCUCAGUUGUUAGCCAAAAUCUAUAAAAUGCCCUUGAAACCCAUCUUCCUCAGUGGCCGGCUGGUUAACUUGCCCCGAAGAGUGCAGGAGCAGUCAGCCAGCAGUGAGGAUGGCAUUGAGUGCAUCCUUUCUGAUUUUGAUGACGACACUGGCCUUAUCAAUGUCUGGAUUAUUCUGCUGGAAGAAUUAACAACUGCCAUAUCCAACUGUCCCCGUCAGCACCAGCCUCCUACUUUGGAUCUGCUCUUUGAAUUGCUGAGGGAUGUUGCCAAGACACCUGGACCAGGAUUUGGCAUUUAUGCAGUUGUACAUCUUCUUCUUCCCACGAUGUCUCUUUGGCUCCAUCGCAGCCAUGGUGACCAUUCUUACUGGGAUGUGGCAUCUGCUAAUUUCAAGCAUGCCAUUGGCCUUUCCUGUGAACUUGUAGUGGAGCACAUUCAAAAUUUCAUACACUCAGAUAUUGGUUAUGAAAAUAUGAUCAAUACUAUGCUGAAAGAUCUUUUCAAGUUGCUGGUAGCCUGUGUAGCAGAACCAACAGAAAUUAUUUCCAGAGUUGGCUGCUCUUGUAUCAGGUACGUGUUAGUGACAGCAGGGCCUGUAUUUACUGAAGAGAUGUGGAGGCUUGCAUGUUGUGCCUUGCAGGAUGCCUUCUCUGCCACUCUGGAGCCAGUAAAGAACCUGUUGGGCUAUUUCCACAGUGGUUCUGAAAGCUUUAGUGGAGAUGCCUGUGAAGUAAAGGUGGCAGCCCCCUCCCUCUCACCAAGCGCUGAAGCUGAAUACUGGAGAAUCAGAGCCAUGGCACAACAGGUCUUCAUGCUGGAGACACAGUGCUCCCCAAAGACCCCUAGCAACAAGGAAGGGUUUGAACAUGCCCAGUCAUGCGUGCUCAUCAUUGACCUGCCACCAGAUAAGAAACCAAAUGGACAUACCCAGAGAAGUAUUCCUUUCAGGACGAUAGUGGUGAGCUUGCUGUCCCACCAAGUACUGUUACAGAAUUUAUAUGACAUCUUACUGGAAGAAUUUGUGAAAGGCCCUUCUAACUUGGAGGAGAAAAUGACAAUACAAGUACCAGAAAACAAGUUGGCUGGUUUUCUCAGGUACAUCUCCAUGCAAAACCUGGCUGUCAUUUUUGACUUACUGCUGGACUCCUAUAGAACAGCCAGAGAGUUUGACACCAGACCUGGGUUGAAAUGUUUGCUGAAAAAAGUGUCUGGCAUUAGUGGAGCUGCCAACUUGUAUCGCCAAUCCGCAAUGAGCUUCAACAUCUACUUCCAUGCUUUGGUUUGUGCAAUCCUGACAAACCAGGAGAACGUCACAGCAGAGCAAGUGAAAAAGAUCCUCUUUGAAGAUGAUGAGAGAAGCACAGACUCAUCACAGCAGUGUUCUUCAGAAGAUGAAGACAUUUUUGAAGAAACUGCUCAGGUCAGUCCUCCCCGAGGGAAGGAGAAGAGACAGUGGAGGGCUCGAAUACCAUCUCUGAGUGUACAGCCUGUCAGCAACGCGGACUGGGGGUGGCUAAUCAAGCGGCUUCAUAAGCUCUGUAUGGAGCUGUGCAACAACUAUAUCCAGAUGCAUCUGGACCUGGAGAAUAAUGUAGAGGAGCCUCCAGUGUUCAAAGGUGACCCCUUCUUCAUUUUACCAUCCUUUCACUCAGAAACCUCCACCCCAUCGACCGGAGGGCAAUCUGGGAAGGAAACGCCAUCGGAAGAUGACCGGAGUCAAAUCAGGGACCAACUGGGAGACAGCCUGACACCCCGAGGAGGGAGUGGAGAAAUGGUGCUGCUACCCCCACCCCUAAGUCCUAAACCAGAGAAAAAAGAGCAAACCAGGAAAAAAGAAUGGUGGGAGAGUGCUGGCAACAAGAUCUACACCAUAGCCACUGACAAAACUAUCUCCAAGCUCAUGACAGAAUACAAGAAAAGAAAGCAGCAACAGGCCAUGACAUCCUUCACCAAAGAGGUCAAAGCAGAAAAGAAAGGGGAGCUCCUGGGUUCAAGAGGGCCAGACUCGCCCGUACUCCAGCGGCCACAACAUCUUAUAGAUCAAGGUCAAAUGAGGCAUUCAUUCAGUGCUGGUCCAGAGAUCCUGAGACAAGAGAAAAGACCACGCUCAGGAUCCACAGUCAGUUCCCUGAAUAUAUCUGUUAGGGAUGCUGAGGCCCAGAUACAGGCAUGGACCAACAUGGUGCUGACAGUUCUCAGCCAGAUUCAGGCCCUGCCAGACCAAACUUUCACAGCCCUGCAGCCAGCAGUGUUCCCCUGUAUCAGCCAGCUGACCUGCCAUGUGACAGAUAUCCGUGUCCGCCAGGCAGUACGGGAAUGGCUGGGAAGAGUGGGCCGAGUUUACGAUAUCAUCAUUUAGACCUAGCUGUGCUCUGCUGCAAAGGGCAGAAGACAUCCAAGGUAUACAGCAAAGAAGUAUUUGGGGUUCAUUAAUUGCCUGUUUGUUGGUGAUAAAUUAAGAAACAAUGAGCUUGUUGAUGUAUAUCCUCUAUCCACUUGAGACUGUGUGUCCCUCACUCACACUACCAAAGGAGGCAAAGCAUGAGUGUGUCCAGGGAGUCUGGGGUGGCCCCAGAACCCAGAAACUGCCAGUAAAUCGGGCUGGUACCUAAAGGGGUGAACAUUUCAGUAGCCUUCAUUUUAAUUCACAUUUGCAGCAGUGGGAGCCACAAUGAACUGCAGCAGAACUUCCACACUCGCAAUUAGCUGUGAACACAGUUGUCAUCUGGACGUCAAACCAGGCCAGUAAGCCUAUGUAACUUUAAAAAAAAAAAAGUCAGGAAAAAGAUGGGCUAUAGGACAAGUUACAAGGUGACACUUGUUUAGGGUAGCUUUUUUCCCUUCUGAAAUGAGCAUGAGAGAGGAGAGCCGCAUAAAGAUUACUGUAGUAACCAUAUGCCUCACUCACUAGAGAAAGUGGGAAUGUAUUUUGCUCUGGCAAGAGCCUUUGAAGUUUGGUCACAUUUGAGGUAGCUAAUAAGUGACUAUUAAAGUGUCCCAGAUGUAGAACUGGUGAGCCAAGCACAGACUAUUCAUCCUUUCAUUGCUCUUGUGGAGCAUUGCUUGAAGAGAAAUGGCACUGUUGAGCUGCCCUCUCUAAAACGCUACCCUGACUGCCUCCUCACCUAUGCCUACAGCUGAUCAUUUUUCUGUGUGUCUUAAUUCCCUCAAAGGGCAACAGGGAAGUUUGUUUUGCUCUUUCCUGUGAAGCUGGGAAGAAGACACACCACAGAGCAAAUACCAGCAUGUGCCAAUAUCCAGCAUUAACUAAACAGAGUAGAGAUAAACUGGAACACUUUAAGCAACACUGCAGCUAAGUUAGCUUAUGCUUCUACUGGAAAUUUAUGUUUGCUUAUAUAGAGCUGCUACAGCCAGGAACUCCCUUGUCACCUUAAACUUAGCCUAUCGCUCCCCAUUGAGCUGAAUCAAGAUGGAAAAUAGUCUGAAAGGAAGGUAUCUUUCCUCUUUCCCUCCCAUUUCUUGUCUGCUGCUGUAAAUAGAAGGGGACAGAUCCCCGUGGAGGUACAUCCCCCUCUGUGCAGCACUCCUAUAGGCACUACUCCAAUUUGCUGAUAUUAAGGGGGCAGAGAAGGGGAAGGAUUGACUAUUGUAUUGUCAAACACAUGUGAUGCUUUUCACACUAGACACAGCAAAGGGUUACCUUGCUGCACAAGUCAUGUCACAGCCCCUGGGACAUUCCAUCUCAGUACUCCCAUACUACAUAAUUUGUUGAUUAGAAGUUGAAAUACUUUGUUGAAAAUAGGAUUAUUUUAAUCUUGGGUGACCCCUUAAUGAUGUUCUCCCAAGGCUUUUUACAUAUGCACACCAACUAAAUAUACAGCUUCAGUCCCAGCUCCAAAGCAUCCUUAAAAUGUCCUCUCUUCAUAUCAGGCCUGGAUUUUGUACAAAUAACUGCUUUUAGCAUCUUAAACCCAGAAAAACAGAGGGAGCCAAGAGGCUCUACUGAACAGCCGUCACCCGAGCCGAUGUGUUUACAGACAGUCUGCCACUAUGCUCCUGCCUUUUUCCUCCAUUGCCCACUUCCCAUUUGUCACCUGCUAGAUUUGUGCAGGGAAUAUUUGUCCCUUAACUUUCUAUAGUGUCAGUGACACCAUUUCCCUUUCUUUCAAAGCUUCCCUCUGCUAAACUGUUUCAAGGGCAUACAAAUUCUGUAAAAACAACUCUUUUUUUCUUACCACCUACAUUGACUUUAUAAACGAGUAAUUUAACAAUUUUAUCAACUAACAAUUUUCAGUUUUCCCCCAGCAGUUUUCAUAUUUCCUUGAGGACAGGUGAGAUUAUCCUUUGCUAUUUCUGAGGGUAGUGACACGGUUUAAUUGCUGUUGCCAUGUCUUUCUUACACCUCUUUAGAUAGAGUAAAAGGGUGGUUAUAUUUUUUGUUGAAGUUUUUAUCGGGCAUCUAUACAGAACUGCUUUUAAAGAGUACAUUAAUUAGGCAACAACAGAAAUCAGAAUAAUAAACUGUAUGCAAAACACCCAACCCUGCUGUUUUUCAUUAUACAUGCACUGAAUGGAUGCAGAUCCUUGCUGCACUAAGCUAAAACUAAAGCAAAUCUCUAAAUUGCACUGGAGGACUAAAAUUGAUAGCAGUACCAAUGGAACCACUUGGGACUCAAGAAGAGGACCUAGUAUCUAGGGAACACCAUGGUUAUAUGUUGUGGUUGCAAUAAAAAACCCUUCUGUAAAACAGAAAGAAAAGCUCUAGGAGUGACAAUACUACCGCUACUACCCCUCAAGCCCAUGAACACAGCAUUGCGUAGUGUUAUUUGAUUAGCCACCAUCAUGACCCAAAAUGUAAUUUCAUUUAAACUUUUUACAGUACAAAUGCCAUACUAGAAAUGAGAGAAGUAAACUUGCUGUAUUGCUGUUGCCCUGUUUUAACGUUUGCCCUCCAAAUUAAGUGCCCAUUGUCAAUCUCGGUGCCUCUGCUCAUUAACACGCCUCCAUAAGAGGGCACAAGUUAAGUUUGAAUAAUACCAGAAAUGUAAUUGAAAAGGAUAGGGGGUGAGGGUUAAGGAACCUUUGAAGCAGCAGGCUUUAUAUAAGCAAAGUUUAGCAUUGGCUGCUAUUCCUUUUCUUUAUAUGUGAAACGGUAAGCAGCUGAGGAGAGCAACCCAUAGCCACUUCAUGAACCGUUAAUCUAAGAUGCAGAAGCUUUCUGAUGCCCCUCCAAAACAUAAAGAAAUAAAUUAAAAAAAAAGGAGUUGUUCGUCAGAUUCUCAACUAUUUUGUUGCUAGUUUAGCCACAGACAGCAGCAAACCCCAAAGAAAUACAACACGAAACAUACGAAGUCACCAUUUCGUAGACCUGUGCAGCCUGCUUCAUGCAUACUUUGGGCUUAAGGCUGCCAGCGUGCUGCCUCCAGGCCUCACAAAGCAAGGUUCUAGCCUAAAGGAAGUGUCUGCCAGAACAGUCCCAGGAAAAGGUACUGGCACCAGCCUGUCCUAAGCUUCAGGAGAGGACUCCCCAACACUGAACACCCCAGUCAUGUCCAGCUGUACCAUCCUACAGCAGCUUUUCUGCUUUCCACUUGUGAGUGAGGAAGCACCUCAGCAGUAGCACAAAGUAGCUGUUGUAUCCACACAUGUAAGGCUUUCUCACUUAAUCCAUUCAAAUCCUCACUUACAGCCCAAUAACGUAAUGCAUGAGCUAACAGCAGCACGUUACCAGCUUUACUGUUGCAUCAGAACAUUUGAGCCUUGAAAAAACAGAGUCUGUGUAUUAUAGCUUGAGCUUGCUCUUUCUCUUGGUUCUAGCUAAUGCCCACAUUAUUCUUUUUUCUUGCACUUACUUUUUUGUUACCUAUAUUUCUGUAGGAGUUGGGUUUGAUUUUUAUUGAACUGGCCAGUUAUUUAUAAAAAUGACUGGUAAGUAGUUUUUAUUUAAGUGAACUACUUUAAAAGAAAAGAAAUAAAUACAAAAAGUGGGGUGAUUUGACAUUCUUCUCGGGUACCAGAGCUGCACCUCUGCUGCCUUUGCCUAGUUCAUACCACCCUCCUCAGGGCCACCAUAGCAAUCAUAGGCAAUGACAUCACAUUCUAAAAUCUUGUAGGCAGCCACUAACGGAGAAAGUUGCUGUCAGCCAGCAUCAGCUACCUAUAUCACAUGGAAUAGCUCAUCACCAUGCAAAUAUUUAAAGCUGGAAAAAGCAGUGUACUCACCCAGGAGAGCGCCAUUUUUCUCGUAUAGCUGGAGCAGGGCUUGACCCCCAGCUGAUAUGGUCUCAGGCCAUUGCAUGUUUGCACUUCAUUCUGUAGUGUGAGUAUAUGCAGAUAUAUGGGCUGAUGGAUGUGUUUAUGUAUAGGUACCUGUAGCUCCAGUCACUGUCAUACUCUGAGCUUCUGUAUAUUUACAGAGCGCUGUCCACAUUAGUAGUAUGUUUGUCAUGCUCUCUGAAUAUUUGUGUCACAUCAGUGCUCAACACACUUGCUCUGCUAACUUCCCCACAGCAGUCUUUUCUGACCGUUCAGCAGCCAUAGAAUUACCACCGCUAACUCAUUUAACAUGCUUUCAUGUCCUUAAGAUGUUAAUAUACAGAUAAUACUCUCCUAGGGAUAAACACUCAUGUGAGAAUAACUGACUUAAUUUAGCAUUUAGAAAGAAUCAUUAGGGAAAGAUUUAGAUAGAGCUGGGCAAAACAUUCCUUCUAAAACUCCAAGCAGAGGCAGUACAGCUUGUACCUCAUCACCAAUAAAAAAUUCAUGUCCUCUGGACUACCGCUGGCUCAUGCCAAGGCCAAGCAGAGUUUACACCCAUACUUGUAAGGUACUUUACCUUUCAAUUUGAACUUCAAGUUUUGUUUAAAACCUACACCGUACUGUAAAAUUCACUGACAAAUCCUCACCUGCCAAAGAUACAAACACCAUCUCAGUGUUGUUAUCUCCGCUGCAGAGCUCAGCGCAGCACCCGUAUGAAAUGGAGUGGCAAACAAGUUAGCAAGUAGAGAGGUCCAGCUCUGCGUGCUGCCUGCACUUUGUACCUCUCUUCACAGCUUAGGCCCACCCUCUGAGUGCCUAAGCUGUUGAAAUCAAUGCAAGUAUUGUACUUGGAAUCUUUAACACUCAGGACUCGGUCCUUGAAUCCUUCAGUCUCUAUAUACAGGUUCACAAGUUCUCAGGAAAGGGAAAGUCCUGGACAGUUCCUGAUGCCACCCUCUGCUGCUGUCUUGUAUAGACCUCCUGCUUGAAAAAUCCACAAGAACCAGCACAGAUUCCCAUGCAUCCCAGUACCCCAAAACUCGUUGCACAGAUCUAGUUUUAACAUGUAGGAGUCUGACCAUAGCAAGCCAAAGUAAUCUAUUUCUACCUAGCUCAUUCGUAUAGAAGCUUAUUCAGAAAUUGAGUAUGUGGCUUGGCUAUUUUCACCUUGAGCAAUCCAUUCUAGAAAUGCCAUUUCUCAGUGAUAAAUUGCUUUUAAUUCACAAAAAAACCCCAAAGAAACAGUGAAGUGCUUUCUUUCCUUGCCCUUGCUUUGGUGGGGCUGUGCUAAGAUUAUGCUUAAGCAAGUUAUUUAGUCAUUACUCCAGUUACAGUAAUUUCUGGGAAGAUCUAGGUACACUGCUAAUUGUGGCAUAUGACACAAAAUACAGUUAGGUUUUUUCAAUUUCGGAUCAUUCCACAAUCGUUUGAAGAAACAAUACAAUACCAUCAAUUAAAGAAAAAAAGUUUAUCUUCUUUUUUAGUAUAAAAGGACCAAGUUAGCAUAGCACAGAAGCACAAAUGUUGGAUUUUAUGCAAUGUAGAUAACAGCAUCUGGCAGCUAGAGAUCCCGCUUCACAGAACCUCCCUAUUUUGAGUAGAGCUUCUAUAGGGACACGACCUAAGGGUCUCUUGGCAGCCCUCACCAGCAAUGUGCCUGGGACUCCAGGAAGUUGUGUGGCUGCACGGAAGAAGUCAUAGCUCCUCUUUCUGUUGUUUCCACUGAUCCCCCUCGGAACAUAAACUUUAUGUGACACUUAACUGUAUGAUACCAUACUAAACAAACAGCUUUGGCCAAACAUGGAGUGCUGGCUAUUUAAGAAGAAAAAAUUAAAAAAGCACGUCACAAGUAUGCAUCAGUCUUUUCAGUUAGUGCUCAGAGGUCUCCAAGCUAAAAACUAAAAGCAGAGGGAAGAAGAAAUGCCCUAAUUCUGUGGAUAUCAGUGGAGCUACACUGUAUGAUCACAGAUUAAUGCAAUACCGAGCUUGCCUGUGGGACCAGAUCCCUCAAAUUGUUUUUGGCAAAUUCACAAGUUCAGAUCUGCGUAGUCUCCACUACCACAUUGAAUCAGGGAACUGAGUUUAUGGAAGGCGGUUUUUGCUAAGAAACAUGGCAACAAGUUCUAUUUCAAUCCUUUUACCCCAACAUCCCACUUUUGAAAAGGUAGUUAUGUACUUCCAUAAAGUUCAUCUAAACUCUGUGGAGCACCAGGGCCCUAUUUCCUAUUGCAUUCAGUUCAUCUGGGCUGCAGUGAAGUGCUAUGCUUCCACAAGAAGCAAGCUGAAAUGAGAGAGCUGAGCUAGCGGAGAGGCACAGGCACACAGGUUCAAGCAAGGGACAAAUAUCACCUCCACAAGCAGGCUAUGGCUCUUGAGCCCGGGCUCUGCAGAGGAAAGCAGGAUUCAAUACCCAAGGGAGAACAGCCAGGAAGGGCAGAGCGUGAUGCUGACGGAGCCAUGUACAGUGUGCUGUUCGCUGGAGCAGAUGGGAGCAAGAGAUUGAAAAACAUACAAUGACAGCAGUGAGCACCUUCUUUCAGUUCCCCCCUCUUUCUCUUCUUCCCCACCACCCCUCUUUUUAUCAUGAUUUGUGAGACUGAAAACAUAUUUCCAUGGGCCCUUCAACCAGAACUUAAAACUGAAAGCAAGCCAAAGGGAGUGGACACUCCAUUUUGCCAAAGAUCUAAGACUUUCCUGUUCAACAAUUUUAAAAAAUCAAAUUUUAUUUCCGUUAUGAUGGCCGCCAUAGGAAGCAUUUUACCACAAAACAUUAUUCCCAGGACUUCAUCUCUCUAGCUGUAUAUUCAGGAGGAGCCACUAACACUUUUUAAAAGAGACUGUAAAUUGCCUUGUCAAGCAAGUGCUUACAUUGGGUUUAGCUUCUACUGAGUUCAUACCUAGCUGCAAUUCCCCGGUCUCAUACACGUUUCCUCCCCCUACUAUUCUGCUCUUCUUUAGAAAAACACCUCCCUGUGUCCGCCGCGUCCUGUUGUGCUGCUAGCUUUGUUUGGUCCUUGGGUGUCCAGUGGUCAGGCAGUCACUGUCAGCUGGCUUGCAAAUUGUAUUUUGUGUAUAUUUUAUUCUGACUGAAUUCUGAAAUGGAAAUAUUUUAAAACAAAAUUAUAAACUAUUUAUGUUGCUUGUGUUGUAGAAUAAAGAAGCAGAUGCAAAAUAAA